GCAACCACCAGCAAUGCGCAUUCCUCACGCUGCUUCCUGCCUGCCUUGCCUUGCCUUGCCUUGCCCUGCCUAAUUGUCUUGUUCAACUUCCUCUACUCCCGUCUGCUAUAUCAAUAUGAGGCAUUCAUGCAUCACGAGGUGGUAGACUAUUCAAUCACCUCAUUUCUGCCCGUGUAGUGGUCGAACCGUCGCCAUGUUGACGUGGUUUGGCUUUGUCCCGUCGCAUCGCCACGAUGGCGAGCGCGAGCCUCUCCUGCCGCGAUACAAUGAUGAGACAGCGCGCGAGGCUCGACUUCAUGAGAAGCUCCACACGUACCAGAUGCUACGGGCCAUGUCCCAAGGAUACAUGCCGUCGAAUGAGCAAGUUGUUGUGCAACUGCGAAGCCUGCUCUCGGCCGACAUCCUCAACCCGGAGUCCCAAGAGCUGAGCAGCUCUGGACGUGCUCUCAUCUCCUCCACAAAGCUUUGGCUCACCCAGUUCAUCAAGGUCCUGCAGCACAAGAACAGCAAGGACCAGAUCCAGGAUUUCAUCUGGUACCUCAGCAAAGCGAGGCUAGACAUUGACACCCGCGAUCUGGGAGUCAAGACCGCUGCCUCCAAGGCCAAGGCCGACGCGUCCGCCACGCUGGCAAGCCUGCGCACCGUUGGAUCGCUGCUGCUUACAAACUCGGAUUUUCGCAUCUUCCUAGACGACCUUGGCACUGUUGGAAAGGAGGUCUUUCGCGAUACCGCCUUCACCUUGGCAGACGUCUCCAAGGAGGCCGGUAAGCAGCUGGCGCCCGCCGCCGAAGCCACCGAAGCCCUCAACGCCCAGGAUGGGAGCACACACCCCGUGCCGUCGGAUAAAGACCUUGAGGACCAAGUGCAGGAGGUCGCGCAGGUCGUCUCCAGCGGCGCGGCAGAGGUCGCCAGUGAGGCAGGCCACAGCCUGUCCGAGCAUGUCACAGGGACCGAGGGCAAAGCACUCGUCCAUCGUUUGAGGCAGACUGUCGUGCAGCUGAGGAAACGCCGCGACUACUCUGAAUCCGUAUCGACUCUGGCACUGCUUCUCCAGCGCUAUCUCACAGCCUACGCUCGUCUCGCCUCCGAUACCGUUCAGGCAGUCGAAGAGGAUGUGGGCACGAAUGAGGAUGCCGACCUUGCCGUCUGCAACUUUUGGCAUUUCUUGACGUCUUUGGGGAGCCAGGAGCGCUGGAAGCAAGUAGAAGAGUCAUUUGACAAGGUCGUUGAGGCAGGCCGAUCCGACCCCAACUUUGAGAAGAUGGUGCAGGAGAUUGCCACUUUGGUGCAGGACAUGCUCACUGACCCUGAUUUCUUCGACAAUGCUGAGCAGCGCUUUAACGAUUUGAAAGAAAAGUCUAAGGAGACCACAUCGAGAUCCUCCAUAGCAGACAGUGUGGACGAGCUACUCACCCAUCUUCGCCUGGCUCUUCGCGCCGUCACUGAGGACGAGGACAUGCAAAAGUUGCUACGCAUCUCAAAGAGGAUCACGGCUCUGCUUUCGCCCAAAGGCAGCUACAAAAAUGACGAUUUGGUCCAGGACUCGAUCAACACGUUCGUCCCGCUCGUCAUACAGGCCAUUCAAUAUGUGCCCAUCCCGCGUCUCGAGGUGUCUACGCCGGCCGUGGACCUGCUAUUGGAGAACCUGAUUCUUGAACCUGGACGCACGAUCAAUCACAGCUCAUUUCUACCUUAUCGGCUUCAGAUCUCAACGCAAAACGACUUUGCGGUGCAAAAGGGUCUGUUUCGAACGACAUCAUCGAUGGCCUCGGUGGUGCGGGUGAAAGUCUCUGGCUUGUCGAUUGCGGCCGACGACCUGGGUUACUGGGUAAAGCUGCACUCUGGGCUGCUGAGGAUCAUGGACCAAGGGCUUGUCAGCUUCCACCUGGACGAGCGCGGCAUCGACAUCACACUGGAUAUUGAGAUUGGGCGGAAUCGAAUCGAAGAGCUAGUCUCGCUGCGAAGCGUCAAGGUGGAGGUCCAUCACCUGAACUACAAGCUCAGCGACUCCAAGUUCUCGUGGUUGGCGUGGCUACUCAAGCCACUGAUCAGGCCCAUAGUGAGGAAGGCGCUAGAGGUGAAGGUGGCGGCUGCCAUCGAGCAGGGCCUACGGACAUUGAACCGGGAGCUGGUGUUUGCGCGGGAGCGGCUGCGCGCUACGCGUAUUGCCAACCCUAACGACCUUUGGACCUUUGUUCGAGCUGUCGCUGCUCGGCUCACCCCCGCACCGGACCCGGACCUGGACGCGAGGGUCGGUGUGCGCCCAGGGCGAGACGUGUUCCGGGGGCGUUAUGCACCGGGCAGCCUCGUCAAGCUGUGGGAUGACGAGGGACGGGACGCACCGCAGCGGGUGCUGGAGUACGAGAGGGGUGGGUGGCGCAAUGAGAUAUUUGAUGUCAAGACGGUAGCAGCUGGCAACAGGCGUGUCGCACAAGCGUGAAAUCUGAUGGCCGCUACGCUGUCGACACGCUGCCAGCUGGAGUGGGACGACGACGACGACGACGAGAGUCUUUCAUGGGAGGUGGUACGUACUGGUUACGAUGUACUGUACGAAGUACGACUCCCCAGUGGCAGGGCGCAGGGGUAGCUGAAGUGUGCAGAUACACAGGCGGAGGGUCGGCAUACAAUGUUUUGUCCAGUACACGGCAACAUUGGGGGCUGAAAACGAGAAGAGUAAUAAUGGGGGAUGCAGGAAGCAACAUGGACGCAUCUUGAUCUUGCAGGCGACGGGCUGCGUGGGGUGUUUUGGCUCGUACAGACGGCUUCAGCCCGUAAAUACGGGCAUGUUGGCCGCCUGCUGUGUCAUGAGUGUCCAGUUCAGACAGCCACACGUCGGUGCAAGCGAGCCGUUGGGUAGCUUGACAGCCACUGGAGCGACGUUUUUGUGAUGACAAUGGACGGGCAUGCCGACGAACCGCACAUGGCCCUCCUUCAGCUCUCCCACCUGGCUGGCUACACAGGAGGCGUCGCGGUCGAGAGGCUCCGCGAAGAGCGUCCCGCGUUCCCCGAUGGCUGCC